CAUCCACGCUGCGGCCCUGGCUCUUCUUUGGUCGAUUCGGCCAGGUUACGUGGGAACCCCCUUUUCAGUGGCCUCAGCUGGCUGUCUAGAAUCGCGUCCCCCAGCGGCGAAACUCAGGGAAGGGGGGACGGCAAGACGCCCCAACGCCCACGCGCGAACCACCCACCCUGCUCAGAAGAGCCCCCAGCGCUGCGGCUCGGCCCUGAAAGGACAGGCGGGAGCUGAAUGGCCUGGCAGACGCACGUGCGCGCUAGGGGCACCCCUGGCGCCCUCAGGGCCUGAACCAGUGCCGCCCUUCGCUCGCCCUCGCCUUCCUCCCUUGCCGGCCUUGUGCUUUCAGUGGAGACAGACACGAGGCCCGCGGGAGCCCGGCGGCAGGAAAGAGCCCCAGGCUCCACAUCCAGAGCAGGAGGGCGCUCCCGUGAAUGGGGCGCGGGAUGCAGGUUAGCACUCUGAAGCAAUGGGCGACUGGAGCUUUCUGGGGAGACUAUUAGAGAACGCACAGGAGCACUCCACGGUCAUUGGCAAGGUUUGGCUGACGGUCCUGUUCAUCUUCAGGAUCCUGGUACUGGGCGCCGCAGCCGAGGAGGUGUGGGGAGACGAACAGUCGGACUUCAUGUGCAACACGCAGCAGCCCGGCUGUGAGAACGUCUGCUACGACAAAGCCUUCCCCAUCUCCCACAUCCGCUUCUGGGUGCUACAGAUCAUCUUUGUGUCCACGCCCACCCUCAUCUACCUGGGCCAUGUGCUGCACAUAGUGCGCAUGGAAGAGAAGAAGAAAGAGCGGGAGGAAGAGCUGCUGAAGGGCGACGGGCCGGCUGCACGCUGUGGGUCGGGUGGCCACGGCCAGAAGGACAAGCCACCGGUGAGGGAUGACCGGGGCAAGAUCCGAAUCGCCGGGGCCCUGCUCCGGACCUACGUCUUCAACAUCAUCUUCAAGACGCUGUUCGAAGUGGGCUUCAUCGCUGGGCAGUACUUUCUGUACGGCUUUGAGCUGAAGCCACUGUACCGCUGUGACCGGUGGCCCUGCCCCAACACGGUGGACUGCUUCAUCUCCAGGCCCACGGAGAAGACCAUAUUCAUCAUCUUCAUGCUGGCAGUGGCCUGCGUGUCCCUCUUACUCAACAUGCUGGAGAUCUACCACCUGGGCUGGAAGAAGCUUAAACAAGGAAUGACCAACUAUCGCUCAGACACCCCUGAAUCCAGGGUGGGGGCCACAAAACCUGGGGGUGUAAGCCCACUCCUUCUCCCCUCCCACUCGGCCCCGCCCACGGUUACCAUCGGAUUCCCGCCUUACUAUGCUCACUCUGCCUCUUCUCUGGGACAGGCCACAGGGGCGGGCUACCCCAGGGCUCCUCCACCAGCAACAGACUUUGACAUGGCAGCCCUGUCCGAGGUCCCUGGGAAGGACCACCCUGCCAAGUUCUACAAUGGCAACCACCACCUGCUAAUGACAGAACAGAACUGGGCCAACCAGGAGGCUGAGCAGCAGACUUCUGCUAGGAAGGCCUCCCUUCCAGCUUCGGGUUCUGCAUCCCUGAGCCCUACAGGCAGCACCAAGGAGCUCCCUCAGGAGGGUGGUGUGGGAAGCAGUGCACCUGGCCUGUUGGAGAAUGGGAACGGCAGCAGCUUGGGAGAGAGCAAAUUGGAAGUGACUCCCGAUGAUGGGGAGGAGCAGCCAGUGACCACCACAGUGGAGAUGCACGUGCCUCCCUUGCUCCCGGCAGACCCCGGACGAUCAAGCAAGGCUAGUAAGUCCAGUGGCGGUCGGGCCAGACCCAAUGACUUGGCCAUCUAGUGGUGGUCUCUCCAGACAGCUUUAUAAUAACCUCUUUUCUAGCAACCAAAAACCAAAGUGCAGUUCCAGUCUGCAGGUAGAGAAAGCCUGGAGUGAGAGAGCUCUGGAGUGGAGGAAGGGAAGAUCAACCGGAAGAUAGCAGGCUUCUGUGUGUCCAUGCUUGCUGUUCUUAACACUGUGAGGUAGAGUGGAGAGAACGUCCACGUUUGCUGAGAUGAGGAGGUAGGGGCAAAGUGGGUGCAGGGGCUGUUUGACCUUUAAAGAUAUUCCCAACAAUCCAAGAGUCCAGCAACCUGGGCCACCUUUGCAGGUGCUGCUGCCCAGCCUUGGGCUCCUGCUGUCUCUGUGGAUAACUGUUCUGCUGUGGUAAAGCAACAGGUGUCUGCAGUCACUUCAGCUCGGGGCAAUUGGGUUUUCCAUUCCUAUUCUCUCCAGAGCCUCUGGGCUGCCCAGAAAGUCAUAGACACACUUAGCACUAUCUCUGUUUGAUACCUUGAACUUAGAGUCGAACUUCAUUUGGGAUAUUUGCCAAACUGCACUAAAAAAAGAUUUAGAGCAAGUCCAUAUAGUGUCAUUUGAGUUUCUGAAAUUGCCUGUGAAGCCCAGGAUAUCAAACUGUAUGCUUCGUGACAAGUGACAAUGAGCAGCUACCCUCCAGAGGCACAAUCAGUGCAGGCGAGAGCCACAGAGGUUGUUGGUAAGAAAGCAGGGAGAAAUGCAGCAACACUUGAGAUAAUUUUUAAACAGCUGAGGAAAUUGAAAUGAAAGUGUGGCAGGUAUGCCUUAGGUAUUUAUUUUUAAAAUGGUAUUUUGUGCUUUGAUCUGAAUUGUACAGGAAUGCCUAUCUUCCCCCACUUUCUUUCAGAAGAAAUGAAAGAAAAAUAGUACUAUUAAAAUGAAUACUGACCAAGGGACUGCUAAUUUGUCCCAUUACAUACUAGUAAAAAUUUGAACUUUUUUUUAAAAGAAAUUCUUUGACCUUAUGAGUCAGCUAAUUGCUAUGCAAAUGUACCAUUAAAAAAUAAUAAAGGAAGGAUAAAUUUAAGUGCAUUUCAAGUACUUCAAGUUGUGAAGUUUUUGAAUGGAAGGUUAAAAGUUAACUACUCUUGCCAGAAAAAUUAUUUAUACAGAUGAAUCAAUGACCUACAUUUUUUUUAACAGUACAAAAUAAAAGUCUUUGAGUUUUCUAACCAUUCUUUGUGGGCAGCCUGUUUGCUUUCUAAAGUGUAAAUAAAAGUAUCUGGGUUUUACUUCCUGUGUAAGUGCAUGUGCUGAUUUCGGACGUGUGCCCCAUUUGUCACCCACGCGGAUUGCUGCACUGACAGCGAAGGCUCUUUCUCUGCAUGGGUGUGGCUGGAACGUGGCAGAAUUUUCUGUACUGCACACCCUGCUGUUGUGUCUGAGUCGCCGUUUGUUAGAAAACCGAUGAACAGUGGUAAUGCUGAGCCCGGUCCUUCUCACACUCCAACUUCCACUGAGUGCUGUCAGCCCUUAUUCAGCAAAACACCAAACACUUGCCAAUUUGAUUCAUUCCUUUGUGUAAAUCAACACCAAUUUCCCGAUGACUUAUCUGGGGUUACACUCCAAAACAUACUUUGUGUUUUAUAUGGUAAAGAGUGACCCACUAGCAACCUGAUGAGAAGACUGCAAUUCCCAUUCUCAGAUAAAUGUGUGCAACUAGUUCAUUAGAGCCUUAUGCUUGCUGCAGAAUGAACUUAGAUAAUCUCCUCAGCUUGAAAGAUGCCAGCUUCCCAUAAAUAUCCUUUAGGCUUUUCUCAAACAGAUUUGAGCAUUACAGAAAAUUAUUUGAGUGGCUAUUUUCUCAAUUCCCCCC